AUGGCGCCCUCCCUCCGCGCCCUCCUAAACCACCUAACCUCAAUUCUCCCCCACCUCCCAAACACCCAAACACCCAUCACCAGCAGCGUCAGCAACAGCCUCCACAACGCACCAACAAACCCGACAACCCCCUACGAACCCCUCUCCGGAGCGCCCUCGUGCCCAAUCGACGGCCCAACAAGCUGCCACAACGCAACCGGCCCCGUCGAAAACGCCUGCUGCUUCGUCUACCCCUCCGGCCGCCUCCUCCUCACCCAGUUCUGGGACGACACCGUGCACGCCGGCGGCGCCGAGGAGGACUGGACGGUUCACGGGCUAUGGCCCGAUCUCUGCGACGGGAGCUACAAGGCGUUUUGCGGCAUGACACCUCAUUUUAACAACAUCACCGACAUCCUGAAGCAUCAUGGCCAAGACGACCUCUUAGCUUCGAUGGAAAGAUACUGGGUAGCAGCAUACGGCACAAACAACCACCUUUGGGCCCACGAGUACAACAAACAUGCAAGCUGCAUAAACACACUCUCCUCAUCCUGCUACGACGCCGCAUACAACCCAGGCGUCGAAGUCGUCGACUACUUCACCCGCGCCUUCUCCCUCUUCCGCCAACUCGACACCUUCACGGCCCUCGAGAGAGCCGGCAUCACACCCUCGAGCUCCAAGCGCUACGCUCUCGCCGACGUCACCAAGACGCUGGAGGACUUGAGCGGCGGCCGCGUGGUGCUGCGAUGCUCCGGCCGUGGGCGCGACGUGCUUCAUGAGGCGUGGUACAGCUACUUCUUAAAGGGGAGCCUGCAGACGGGACAGUUUGUUCCCGCCGGCGAGCUGGGAAAUCAUGGUGAUGCGAAUAACUGUGCCAAGGAGGUCAGGUACCCGCCCAAGAAGUGUAAGGGCAACUGCCCAAACGCGGAACUAUAG